AUGUUUACGGCUGCUUCGGUUCGGAUGUUCGAGGAGAAGGGCCGCGCUUCGACCUGCGCUCCGAGCGAUCACAACGUGCGUGCGUUCAGCCACAUGAACGAGAGGAACGGCCGACAGCAGCUAAACGUUUGGCUGCACAAGAAGGGGUGGCUACUAAAAGCCAAGUGUUGUGUGAGUGCAGAGCAGGCGGCGGAGAGCGGCGGCGCGGGCGGGGCGAAGGCGGCGGCGCCGUGCAAAGUGUGCGGCGACAAGUCGUCCGGCUACCACUACGGAGUCACCUCCUGCGAGGGCUGCAAGCUAGGGUUCUUCGAGGUUUGGCUGACGAGGAUCACGAGGCUUUCUUCUGGCAGCGACAUCGUCUUCGACGAUGGAACGGUCUUCAGCCAAGGCCAACUCGAGAGAAUUUACGAUAUGAGGGAGCGCGGCGUGGCGGACGUGGCGGGGCGGCUGGAGGCGUUCGCGACGGCGGCGCGCACCGCCCGCGCCCUCGGCUCCCGCCACCACGAGCUGCUGGCGUGGCCCCGCGCCCACUGGCCGCGUCUCGUGCUGCCCGCCCUCUUCGCGGAGAUCUUCGACAUCCCCAAGGGCGAGGACGACGCCGAGGCGCCGCCCGCCAGGGCCCCCCCACACGCCGCCAACAUACACGAC